CCUCACCCUCACCAUUGCCCCUGCGUCCUACCCAUAUUGUUCCAAUCUUUUAAAUCACCGCAAAUCUUAGUGGCCUUGGAUUUGCUCACUACUUUACCUACGACAUGGAAAGCAAGACACCGCAUUUUCGGAUAUGUCCAGCACGAAGCGAUUUGGAGGUGAACAUGGCCGCGUCUCUGAUCAGGGAUUACACCAACUCUCUCCAAAUGGAUCUCAGCUAUCAAGGUUUCUCUACGGAGAUGGAGAAUCUUUCAACCUACUACGGGCCUCCACAAGGCGAACUACUCGUAGCUUACGGGCUGGGGCCGCGAGACGCCGCACUGGGCUGUGUCGCUCUGCGUCCUCUCAAGCAGCACUUGAACCAAGAGAUUGAACAGAACCCAGAAAAACAAACAAACUCUUGUGAAAUGAAACGUCUCUAUGUGUCACCCAAAGCGAGAGGUAUGGGCCUUGGUGAGAUUCUGCUCAAGGCAAUUAUCCACAAAGCGAGAGAACUUGGCUAUACCGAAAUGGUGCUGGAUACGUUGCCUUCCAUGGAAGGCGCUUUACGGCUUUAUAGACGAACAGGAUUUGUCGGGACUCAGGCUUACUACAACACUCCGGUGAACCAAACUGUGUUUUUGAAGUUGGAUCUUCUUAAAGAUGCAGAACUAUAGUUCCACAGGAGAAAUUGGCAAGGACAUGUUGUAAGAGAGCGUUGAGGAGACUUGGAAUAAAAGCCGGUAUGUUUUGGUAUCAAAUCUAACUCCUCAUUUGAGAGAUCAAUUCAUGAGAAGAAGGAGAGCCAAUUGGGGCAACUGCAAAAAUUUCAC